AUGAAGUCAGAAGAAGAUUCUACCAGCACCAGUGCUGAAGAUAUUACCCAAGACACAGUGAAAGAGAACAGCAAUAAGAAGAAAAAUAUUCUAACCAAGCAGUCUUUAGUAUCCAACAUCCUUCCUUAUUUCGGCAAAAUGCAGGAAUGAGACAUUUUCAUGAAGAAUUUUUCAACAGAAACUCGGUCUCUCUGGAACAAAAACUUAAACUUGUGGAUUAAACAUCUCGAAGACAAUCUGGAAGAUAUCGAGAUCUGUCAUGAAAAUAUAGAUUUUUGGACUAAAAACCCUCCUAUUCAAAACUGAAGGCUGUAUUUCAAUGAUUACCAAAUUUACACCAAGAAGUGGACAGCUAAGAUUAUCAAGUUUGCCAAAAAAGUUCCUUGCAUGAGCCAGAUCAAGCGGAUUAAGAUUGAAAGAAGCGGUCGCUGACAGUUUGAGAAUCGAGAGGGACCAGCUAUAGAAAAGAUUUUUAACAAUUUAGAUCAGAUAUCUAACGUGCUAGGUCAUGAGCCUUCACGAAGGCCGGAUCCUACAGAACCUCCAAAGAAACAUAGCGUCUAUUUCAGUGAUAUAGUCAGUGCCAAGAAAUAUUACGGGAUUAUAAAUUCCAAGCUAAUGAUCUUUCCUAAGGUAAUUCAAGAAUCGAAGAUACUCUGCGUUGAUUCAUGAUAUAUCCUUGAUAAUCAUUGAAUUUACGUUUGAGAGAUCGAUGAAGAAGACUUUCCAUUCAUUUGAUAUUUCAAGUUUGGAGAUCCAAGAAUCCCAAUUUUUGAAAAUGUAAAGAAAAUCAAACUUUGUAAGGAUGGGUAUAACAAACCAAUAUCCCGGGCAAAAAUAAACAAGAUUAUCAGGAAAUAUUAUCCAAAUUUGAAGGAAGUUAAGCUUGAUAGUGAUUUUGAAAAAAUGUGGAGGGGAUCACCAGAACUUUGAGAUAUUAUGAAAUCAACAAAUAUCAAGAUUUUGAGAAGACAGACAGAUCUUGAAUGGAAGAAUCUUAUAUUACUUAAAGCAGAAAAUGCAAUAAUAGCAAGAAAAUUGUGGAAAGAGAAUGAGGAAGUUUAUAACCAUUGGUACAGAUGAAAUAUUGAAGUGAUUGUAACAGAUUUUAUCAUCAGAGACAAAAAUAUCUACACUUUGAUAUUCAACAUAAUCUCAAUCACCAACUGCUCAAAAAUAAAUAAAUCACCCUCCCAUCUCAAAACCAUAAAAUACCUCCAAAGCACUGAUAAAACUUCUCACCUACUCAACUCACAAGACCGGCUAAUCCUCUCCACUACCUCCCUCACCUCCAUCUCUCCUACUUACAUCUCCUUCUUUGGCUGUUACCUCACAUCCCUCCCAGACCUCUUCUCUCCACCGACCCUCCUCCCCUCAAAUAUUUCCUUCUACAACUCCUUGCCCUCUUCAGUGUCCAUUCACAUAACCUGACCUCCUGCUGAACCCACCUUCAGCCUCUACACUCUCUUCUUCCACGUUUGCCGCGUUCUACACCUGCUUGCCCCUUCAGCCCACCGCUACUGCAUCGAUGUCAUUGAGUGACCGGGCUACCGGUCAUUUAAGGACGUGUUUACAGUGGAAAUUGUGGAGAAGUUCAAGGCGUUUAGAGUGGUGGUUUUAGUGAAGAGGGGGCUGAAGAAAGAGGAGAUAGAGGAAAUUGUGCAGAAAGUGAACAGGUGGGUGCAGAUGAAGAAAUGAAGAGGGAUUGUAGUGAGGGAAAUAUGAGGAGGUGAAUAUGAAUAUUUUUUAGAGAAACUGACAUCAGAGGAAAUGGAGCGUCAAUGGAGAGGACUCAGAAUAAAGUGGACGAGAAAGAGAAGAAUAUGAAAAGUGGUUAGAGAGAUCGUGAGAAGGAUCAAGGUGCCAAUGGGAUGGAAGGUGGAAGUAGAGUAA